AUUUUUAGAAAAGACAGAGAAAAUAGACUCACUGAGGGACAUCGCUACUUGUAGAAACAAAUAGCGAAGUUGUUGUUUCUUAUUUCUAGAAGAUCAUGAAUCACAAAAAAAUAAAUGUUGGCGUUGCAGCGGAUGAUAUGAGUAGUGCUCACACAGCCAAACCCUUUGAACCACGUGUGCGCGCGAUCGGCUUUCCGUAAACACUGACGGCGCGUCCGCUCUGUGUGUCGCGAGUUUCAGAAGCAGGCACUUAUGUUAUUAGCUGGUACAUCGAGCUAUCGACUUUACUAGCUCCUCGCGCAAGAAUUGCAAGGCGUCCUUACCAAGUAUUAUCUUGUUCUUGUUCGACCAUUUUUUCCUAACGUUGACAUUGAACGUUGUCUAUUUGCUGAGACGUAAAACUUUUUUCCAGAAGUCUCAAAGUACCUUUACUAGAGGCACAGCCGACGAAAGUGGUGGAGCAGAGGCAGGAGGCGCCAACGCAGGAGAUGGCCUUUCGUAAGCAGAGCAACAUCGGAAUGGCGUGCGACACUCCGUGCCCCCGUGAAACCGUCCUCGAGAUCUCCACCCGAACGGUUGCAAGACUACACACGAGUGACUUCUGGCCUUGCAGCCGCGAAAAGGCGAUGUGCUGCGCUUCUUCCAGGAGAUUAUCGAUAAAGAAAAAGAGGAUCGCAAAUGGUAGAAUGGCGUGUAAUGCCCACACUCAAUUGUAGCUGGGCGGCUGGGAAGCAACGCGUGGCUUCGCUAUCUUCUGCAUUAAAGCGUUGCCACUCUAUUUGAUGUCGUCCUGCGAAGUUGAAGUCGAGCUGCGCUCUUUAUAGUGUCUCACUGACAGUGAGGCUGUAACUCAUGGAGCGAAGACAGUAUCAGUAAAGCUAACGUCAGCCAUUAUCUUCUCGUCUCUGUCGGAGAAACGCGAAUGCUUCUGCAGCUUGUCAAUACCCAUCAACCACUAUCCGCAAGAAGGGAUGUGAGAUGAUAAGAAGGUGACUCAAGAAGUGGG